AUGAGCAGAGCUCUUCUACGAGGGGCUGCAUGCCAAUCGUGUCGCCAUGAGGUACUCCGGUCUUUCGUCUCCGCCUCCGGUAUUCGACUGCCGCGAUACUCUCUUCCCUCCCGUUCGAUAUCCAACCCUAAAGCUUUCUCCACGCUAAGCUCACUGCGAUCCGAUCGUCCUCCAACUGCGCAUAAGAUUGAUUCCCAUAUAGCUGAACCGGAAGAGACACCAGCACAGACCGAAAGCAACCCGCCUGCCUCGUCUCAGCAUGUUCCUUGGUACCUGCAGGAGGAGGCACCGGUCGAGGAUCGUCCGUUGACUGAGGCCCAUCUCCCCGAGAUCCCAGACGACACCCCAGAGAUGCUUUCCACCCUUCUGGAGUACACAUAUAAAGAUCUUGGUCUUGAUAGUCUUAAGUUGUUUGACCUACGCGGCCUCGAAAUUCCAGCGGCCCUCGGUGCCAAUGUGAUCAUGAUUGUUGGAACUGCCCGUAGCGUGAAGCACUUGAAUGUGUCCGCUGAUCGCCUUUGUCGCUGGCUGCGAAGCCAAUACAAGUUGUCUCCAUAUGCAGAUGGCCUACUAGGACGCAACGAGUUAAAGAUCAAACUCCGCCGCAAAGCCAAGCGGGCGCGCGCUGCCGCCGCCGCAGGUGCCAUGAUCGAUGAAAAAGACGAUGGAAUAACCACGGGCUGGAUUUGUGUCAAUGCGGGCGUUGUGGAUAAGGAUGCUAUUUCUCCGACACAGCUUAGCGAUGCUGGCUUCGAAGGAUUCGGCAGCAUCGAGCUUGGAACUAACGUCGUGGUCCAGAUCUUUACGGAGGAGAAGCGGGCCGACGUUGAUCUAGAUGGUCUCUGGGAAGCUACUCUAGCCCGCGAAGGCCGAAAGAACGUUCAAGUGAACGAUUCUUCCAAGCCUAACUCUGCACCACCCAGGUCUAUGUCCGAUGGCUUCGGAUCUUCCCCCAACCAAAAGAGAAGCUUUCAUACCAUGCGACGACUCGCAGUGCCUGAAAUGAGUCCCAUUGAGUCUGACCUAGGAUCUGCCUUUCCUAUUAUGGGAGCUUCAUCAACUGCUGGCAGCGCAGAAGCUGUUGCAUCCCAAAUGACCCCGGCUUCUCUGCUUGAGACCCUCAGUGAGCUUACAGCCGAAAAUGCACGAAGCGAGCUUGGAAGUGGCCCAAGCGAUCGCACGUCCACCCUUUUUCUGAGACUAUUUUAUAACAACCACGCUUCCAAAAGCACCGACCAGGAGAAGGCUAUCCUUCGAUUGAAGUUGCUGUCAAUUGCUGUGUCCAGACAGCACCCGGCUUACAGUAAAGAUGCCCUGUUCAGUGCCUUUUCUGAUUUCCUCCAGAAUGGCCACAAUCUGCCGGAUGACCUUGGGUUUGAUGUUGUCUCUGGCCUGCUUGCCCCGAGACCAAUCAGUGCGAACACCGGGGAAAUUGCAUCCGAUAUUCCUGAGUGUGAUAUGGAGCUUGCCCUGAGUGUUUUGGAUCGUCUCAGCCUACGCGGCGUACCGAUUUUGAGCAUGAGAAUGUUCAACAUCCUCUACCAAACAGUCGCUACACCAAGUGCAUCGUCCGUGGAAGAAGCUUCACAGCCAUCGCCUACUGCUCAGCGAACUAAAUCCCAGGAGCGAAUAUUGUCUCGGUUGACCAAGAUUAUCGCGGCCGCUAAUGUUCCGUUCGACGCAAGCGAGGCUCGCAAGCUCAUGGUCACGCUCUUCAACUGCGGUGACCACGAUGGUUUCUGGCGAUUAUGGAACCAGUUCCCUCUGAAAGGCCUAAACCGUACACAUGACGAUUACACCCAGCUGUUCCAGUUGCACGCUGACCUUGGCGACGAACGGCGAGCCCGCGAGUGCCUUUCCCUUGGCAUACCGCUGAUGGCCGAGGAGUCUCCUGCAAUAGAGCUUCAAGGCCUGAUUGUGCCUGCAAUCAUGCAUUGUAUCUUGGUGGCUGACCCAACCAUUCACAACCGUGAAGAUGGUCCUCAGAGUUUUUAUAUGCCACUCUGGACUGAUUGCCAGGAGGCACUUGCCUCCGGGCCCUGA